CUUCAGUAAAUUUUCUGGGUACCUGUGCUUUUAAAUGCAGCAUGCAAGAUAGAACGUACACACGAGCUUUAUCCAACAGAGAAAAUCUUACAAGGAUUACAUUCAGCAGCGAUGAUCCAACUAAAUUAGUAAUGACAGACAAUGGAAUCGUUACAGGAGUUGAGGAAUGUUUCAUUAGAUCAAGUCCAUUUAUUAUUUUGAGGCGAGACAUUCCCGGAAAUGGUACUCAUUCCGAGUACUGUUGUAGAAAAGAUGCCAAGUAUGACGACUCUGAGAACAUACGAGUGACUCAUUAUGAUCAAUGGAAAGUGUUUCGUGAUUAUCCACAUUUAUGCGACGUAUGUACUGGUAUUGACCUGACUGGAACACGUGCAUUUGCAGGGUGUGCAAUUGAAAUUGGAUGCAACAUACCUUUAGUGUGUCCAGUAACAAUGGAAGGACAAGUCCAGUGUGGUUGUGAUGACAUGGGUAAACCAGAAAAUGGAUUCUGCUGUGAUGAUAUGCCCUAG